CAAUCUCAAAACAAGAUGGCCGCUUGGCCUUGCGCAAAUGAGGAGAAAUUGGGAUGGUAAUUUGUGCAUGAAGGCAGAGACUUUUUCCCAGAUUCAGGCAAAAUGGGAAAAGAGCAAGACCUUAUGCAAGCUGCAAAGAGUGGAAAUGUCGCACACAUCGAGAAAAUUCUCGGCCAUAAGGCAAGAAAGUCUGGAAUCCAAAGGUAUGUUUGUGCUUCAUACAGGCCGGAAAUUGGUUGAUGAGCUCCCCUCUUGCACACAAACGCAAUAAUUUGGUUGAUAUCUUUGUAGCUUAAUGAGCAAAACGAUAAAUCCUAAUCAUCAAGACGAGCUCGGGAACACUCCACUUCACUAUGCAGCCCUCAAUGGCCACAGGUAAAAGCUGUAUAUUAAUAUUUACAAAAAUUCUGAUCAUUUUAAUGAACUUACAUACGUAUACUUAUUACUACUGCAUAAAGUGUAGUCUUAACAUGCGUCAAGGUGUGGAAAUCUAGCCCCGGGAGGUAGGAAGCUAAAGUAAUGUUGGAUAUUUACCCUACUUGACAGUUUGCCCUUUUAUAUUGUAUUUUUAGGCUUCAUUUACGUUAUGGAAGGGUCCCACCCAUGUUUCCUUGAAUCAACCGUGUUUAGAUUCAAAGUAUUCUUCAUUCUCUUUGUCAGACAACAACGAUUCACAGACAAAACUGUUAAUUGACUGAAUCUUUUAUACACUUUCUAAGGACCCUCCAUUAGCUGAGUAUGAAAACAAAUUUGACAUGACAUGGACCAGUUAGUGAAAACACAGGUAACCCAGGCUCAAUGUUUGUGUCAUGUACGGGUUUCAUAACAUGAGUAAUAUAGAGAAGUUUAGGUCUGGAAAUUUGCUAGAAAAUGGAAAUAAAAAUCAAUGAAAUUUACCAUGUGGCGACUUGUUGUUGUUCUUAAUAUGCACAUGAAGUUUUGGGAAAAAUAGUCUCCUUCGUGUACAUAUUAACUAUAACAAGAACUCGCCACAUGGUAAGUUUCAUCGAUUUUUAUUUCCAUUUUCUAGCAAAUUUCCAGACCUAAACUUCGCCCCACAAAUUAUGUUCUCUUUAUUUACUCAUGUUAUGAAACUGGUACGGGACACAAACAGUUAGCCUGGGUUACCUGUGGUGAAAAUCCACUCACACUGCUGGUGAGAAAAUAGAUUGAAAUUGGUUAUGCUGCCACGUUUAAGUGGUCGUGAAAAUGAAAGGUUACAAUUGGUGACAGAGAUAUGGCAUUCCAAAGUUGCGGAAUUUUAACGAUGUUUGUAUCGUGGAGGGCAAGUUUGCAACAGAAAUGGUGGCUGGAAGGCCAUGCUACUUUCAUGUCUAAAGUGGCCAUGGUUGUCCACUGGGAUUUAGUACAGUCCGACCUCUAUUAAGCGGCCACCCAUUAAGCGGCCAUGCUCCAUUAAGUGGCCACUUUCCGAAGUCCCGAUUUAUUUGUCAGUAAAUUGCUGUAUUGGAUACCUCUAUUCAACGGCUACCUCUAUUAAAUGGCCACGGCCACCUUUUUGCUGUCGCAAGUGUAUUAUUUAUAUGGUUUUUUACCUCCAUUAAGCGGCCAGCAAAUUAUCUUUCCAAGCGAAAUGGUGACAGAUGACAUAAGGUGAUAACUGAUAACAACAAGAAAACAAGAACUGCAAUUUAAUCUACACUAAAACAAGUCACAAGCUGCAUUCACGUGCAAACUUUUCACAUCUGGCGCUAUACAAACAUAACAAGAGCUAACAAUAGAUAGAGCUGACCCACUGUUUUGUUACAACUAAAAUCUGUAUAGGAAAACCUUAUUACUACUGUACUGGAAUUUUGGAUUUAUCUUCAUAUAUGUUCACUUUUUAAAAGCAUUUUGCUAGAUAGAGUCAAUGAAAUCAUGUUUACUGCCAUUCCUAUUCAAUUUAUAUUGUAAGCGGCCAACCUCUAUUAAGCGGCCACUUUUCAAAGUCCCGAGGGUGGCCGGUUAAUAGAGGUCGGACUGUAUAUUACUCCGUAUGUUUAUCCAAACACUUAUUUCCAGUCCUUUGACUGUUGACUGAAAGGGCUCGUCAACUACACAUAAGAUGUUUGCCAAGAUAUUAUCUUGGCAAACAUCUUAUUUGUCAACUGGAGAUCACCAUCAAGUGAAAAACUGUAUAGAAGGUUGAUAAAUUAAGUAAAUUUUCUUGAGGUAGUCUCUGAUUCUGGACUUUUAAACCUAGAUAUUGGGAUUCAGGCUCCUCUGUCACCUGAAAUUAACGAUGUGAAAUAUGAAUACAACUGUGUAUUUUGGGUUUAAACUGCAUUUUAAAAAUGCAAGCAUCAUAUUUUCAAAAAUUACUUCUUUUGCCUUGUGUCUCAGCUCAGUUUUUUUCCUUUAACACAUUAUGAGUCUAGCCACUCAAUAGAAAUUAGCCAGGUUAAAACUUCAAAGCAGGUUAGGUUUUGAAGAGUCGUUGACCAGGAUACUCAAAAAAAAAAUAACUCCGAUAACUUGCUAAGUGCAGCUGCAGCCAUAGUUUUAUUGUGUUCAUGUAGAUUCUCAUUUUUUUUAGUUUAUUUGGAAGUGCAAUUUGUGGUUAAUGAGCUUGAGUGGCUAUACCAUGUGUAUACUUUCAAGAACUUGGAGUUGGUUGUUAUUUGAAAUCAGACUAGUUUGGAGAGUGAUAAUAUGACCUACUACUGCUCUGUACUACUUUAUUAUACUCAUGGAUCAUUUUUGCUUUUUAGGUCCUCUGCAGAGCUUCUUUUGAAAUAUGAUGCAUCAACUAAUAUUCCAGAUAAUAAUGGUAUGUGUUAUACUUGAAGUGUUCUCCUUUAAAGACAGUAAGAAUGAUCUGUGAUUCUUAAGGAACAAGCACCUGCCACUGUCUACUUCACUUAUUCAACAUUCUAAACGGGUACAAGAAAACCACUACAUAAAUUUGAUGCCCAUCAAGUGUUGCAUUUCACAUGUUGCUCUCUUUCAAAAGAGGGGGGUGCUUUAUCAGGCAGAAGAGGUCGUAACCCAGCCUAGGAAAAUUCCUGUGAAUGAUUAGACACCGGCACACAGAGAAAAUGAUGACAGAAUUCUAAGGGAUUAGCUGUAUAGUCCUUCAUGUACUGUAAAUUCUCUAUUAAGUUCCCCAGGGUUUUAUUUAUUUCAAACUCAUCUGAGAGUUGAGAAUGGGGGGCUUAUUUAGUUUAGAAAAGACAAUAGUGUCAGUUCUCCAUAAAGAACUAGAAUACAAAGUGAAAAAGCAUAAGGACAAGAAGUUGGAGGUCGUGUAGCCAAGAAACAAAAGGAAGUCCAAACUUCCAGUUGGUGAAUAAACUGUCGUGGAUCAGUGCACACGAAGUUUUACAGUUGUGAUUAAUUAAUACAGUCUAUCACUUAUUAGUGAAGAAUCAUUAGGAGAGGGGAGGGGGGCUUACAUAUGUGUAAGAGAGAAGGGGGCUUAUUUGAGAGGGGAGACUGAAAAGAGAAUUUCACUUCCUGGUAAUUUUAAUAACUACAUUCGUUUUCUGUAAUAGGAAGGAUGUUGUGCUUUUUGAUUGUUUAAUAUAUAUUUUUUUCAUUUUCCAAAAAAAUGGUAAUUUGGGCAAUGGAAAACAAAAACGUUUCAAGUGUUGCCUAAAUAACAGAAACCUCCUCUACGUGUACAGCUGUAGAUUGUGUGAUCACUGUCAGUACCAUAUCCUGCUUUCGCAGGUGGGGGAAAGAGAAUAGUCAAUACCUAGCCUUCCAGUUGUGCUAUCAUAAACUGAUUAUUGCCUGAUCGUAUUUACAAGUGCAGUGCACUAUUUGUGAUCCUUGUAAAAUAUGGUGUCAAACAUGAUGUACUUAUUAGUUUUUCUCCAUUUUUUUCUGACUAGGGAACUAUCCACUUCAUUUAGCUGCAUGGAAUGGCCAUGCUGAUGUAGCUAGAGUACUAAUAAACACAGGACCAUCAAGAGCAAAUGUCAAUGAGCAGGCAAGUGAAAAAACAUACUUUGACAGUUUUCUGAUCCUCCAAUUUUUUAAGGGAUUUCCCUUUACAUAACACACACCCACUUUAUUAACAAUUAACAUUUACAUGAAGUCCAUUUCCACCUGCAAAUACAGCAGGUGCUAGUCGAGGCAGGCAGAGAUACAGGGGUGCAGCAAUCAGUGAAAAAUUACAAAUAAAUAUAUAAACAUAUAAAUAAGUAAAUAAAGCUUAAACAUAAAUAGGUGACAUUUAAAAAAUCAACCACUUGUGAGAGUUACUGGUAAAUAUAACUGCAAAACCCAAUUUAAACUGUAUAGUUUGCUAUUUUUUGAAGUAGAAUCUUCACUUCACAAUUGUCCUCAGCCUCUAAUGAAAGCAACAUGUCAUUAAGGGUUUAGUUUUAUUGUUUGUCUCACGAUUGUCACUUUGAUAUUGAUUGUGACGUUUUGACUGCACACUGCAAGUCUUCAUCAGGCGAUAGUGUUGAUUUACUGAGUCAAACUAUUUGUACCACCGUGGUUGUUAGUGAUUGGUGUAUCACAAACCUUGCUCAUGGUUGGUGGGUUUCGAUCCAAAGAGCAUUAUUGGCCUUGUGAGAGGAUGAAACUGAUCCCUCGGUGGUACGUUGUGGUAGAGAUCGGUUGUCAUGUUGUCUGAUUGUAAACAUUCAAGCUUCAGGAAUCUCAAUUCCACUGUCCCUGUUGGUGUUGUUCAAGUUUGAGUUCGUGAAAGCCAUAUAUCCCUAUCGUGCUUCACCCUAAGACGAUGAUGAAGACCUGCAGUGUGCAGUCAAAAUGUCACGAUCAAUAUCAAAGUGACAAUCGUGAAAGCGCUAAAACUAAACCCUUUGUACACAUUAUCCACAAUGAUUAAUAUCUUUCAUGACAACAUGUCAUUGAUAUGUUUUUUAAAAACUCUCUUGGGAUGUUGCAAUCAGUUAGAUGUGUAUCGCAUCAAUCAUAAUUUGAUUAUAUAACAUGUAGAAGUCAUGAUUUCAUUUAUUGUUUUAUUUACGCGUAAAACCCAGAAAUAUAUUCCUCCAUGCCUUAAGAAGAAGAAUGUAUAAAUUUGAGGUUUGAGACUUGAAAGGUUGAAUGUACAUUUUUUUCCCCAAAGAAUGGUACAGAGGAUACAGCCUUACAUUCUGCUGCUCAGUUUGGUCACAGCCUUGUGGUUGCUGUUUUACUUGAGGUUUGUAUAUGAAGUUAAUUUUUAUGUCACUUUUUAUUGAACAGUACACUUGCAGGUAUACCUCCCCUACACCCAGUGAUCACUCAGGAUUUGAAGAUGUGGUGGUUGCUUAUUGUAGUUGGUCACUUACGAGAUAUUGAGCCAUGACACGUCUCUUCUGAGAGGAGCUUCGGACACAUUCUUAUUUUUGGAAGAGAAUUAUUUCAUGCAAUUUUAAAUAUACAAGUAACUUUGUACACCCAAUCUACCUACAAGAAAGACAGUGAUCAGGCCAUGCGUCAAGUGUUUCCUUACAAAUGAUGAAUAUAUUAAUUUCAUUUAUUUGAAUCGCGGGAUGAAGAAAUAAAUGCGGAGAAGAUCUUCAUAGUUGAAUUCAAAUAGAAUACUGUAGAAUAGAAUGGAAUGGAAUGGAAUAGAAAAGAGUAUUUUAUUUAAACACAUGUCAUGCUUUAAGCUCAUUCACAAUGUAAUUGUACAUUUUAAUUGCCUAUCUAACAAUAGAGUGUUCACAAAAUGAAAAAAAAGUCAUCAAUGAUUUUAACAAGUAUCAUAAUUUACUCCAUAAUUACAUGUACAUACAUGUGUAGCCCUAAUAAUUUUGGGGAAAAAAAAUAAAACAUUUAAAAAUUGAGAAAAUAACGCCAUUGCUUGAGGUUUGAACUAUAAGGCUUGACUGGGAAAAUUUUGGUGUUUUGGAUCAGUGGUUGCAUGCUUAUGGAAGGAGUUUGCUUAUGACACAUGGUUGCAUAUGGAGGUUUGCUGUACUUACAACAAGGGACAGGCAAGCAAAUGAUACAUUAGUUCAUCCUAACAAGGCUGAUGAUUAAUUCCAUAAUACCAUAAAAAUUAAUACAUACUUUUUUUUUAUUACAGAAUCAUGCAGACCCCUACAUACGUAACAAUAGGCAAGAAUCACCUCUUGACUUGGCAGCUCAGUAUGGUAGAAUGGAAACUGUAAGUGAUGGUGCUACUUCUGUUCUGACCAUUUAAAUUGAAAAUGUGCUGUCUUCAAACCCUAAAUAAUAUCCUCACCAAAAGCCAUACCAUAUUAUUUUUUGUUACAUAGAUACUGAUGAAAUACAAGGAUUUUUCCUUUUAUUAAAAAAUCAUAUCUUCAUCGCACGCAGUGAAGAUACUAUUUUUAUCUUUCACGUGUGAGGGUAUUGGUGUCACCAUGGUUACUAACAUUAAUUUUGACUUUUUGGAACAGAAAAUAUAAGUAUUAUUGUCUUUAUUUCUCCUUUAUAACUUUAUAUCCGAAUUUCAUAACAGUUUUGUGACAGGCAUUUUGCAGUAGGUGACCACUUUAAUUACACUAUUUUGCUGUUGCGAAAAUGAAUAAAAAAAAGUUGUGUUUUAUGUAGGACUUUCAUCAGUAUCUAUAAAAUAAACGGAACAUUACAUGGCUCUUGGGGAUACGAAUUUUAUCUUCUCGUGCUGAAAGUAUUUCUCACUCGUUCGCUUCGCUCACUUGUGAGAGAUACUUUCAACACGAGAAGAUGAAAUUCGCAUCCCCGCGCGGCCAUGUAAUAUCCUCUAUAUUCAAUUAUUAACCACCCUGGGCGCUUAUUAAAUUUUUGGACCUUGAGAGUGUGCGCUUAUUUGAGGCUGGGUGCUUAUUAAAUUUUUACCAUUUUCAGCAAUUGUAAGUAUGUAUAUUUUGCAACAAAACCGUUAAUGGUAAUAACAAAACAUGAAGAUGUAACAAAGCAAGGUUUCUGUAAAAUGCUCUGAAGAUUAUUUCCUAUUGGGGAAGUCUCUUAUUAGUACUUAUUCAAUUUUUUUUUCUAGUUGGGGAGGUGGUAGGGAGAAAGGGGUGGGAAAAAAAUACUUUCAAUGCACAAUAUGCUAGUUUAGGUUAUUUAUAAGUGACUGUAUUGUAACCAGCAAUCUCUAGCUCUAAUGUUUAUGAUUUUUUUUUACUGCACUUUAUAGGGUGUAAAAAAAUCAGUUUUACAGCUUGCCAUUUGGGCUAGCAUUAGCUAUCAUAUACUACCGGUAGCCCAAAGGAAAAAAAUAAUCGAUGAGCAGGAUUGAUUGCAGUUCUUCUGUAAUUUGAAUUCCCCAAGAAACUUCACUGUCAACAAAGAAUUCACUGGGCCAAUAGCAAAAUCCACUAACCUAAUGGUAUCAGAAACUACUCUUUUUGCAUGCUGCUCCCAGGGUGAUAAGUUUUUAAGAAGGUUUCUUUGGUACACACAAGAAAAGAAAAAAGCAAAAACAAAAAGCAAAAAAACACUUUUACCUUUAGUUGCAGUGAAAGUGGCAUUUUAUUUUGAUUAUUAUCUGUGUGCUUGCAACAUUUGAGAUAAUUACAUUACCAUACUUAUUACAUGUUCUUCAUUUCAGGUUAAACAGCUCUUGAACUACCACCCAAAUCUACUUGAAGAUAUGAGUGCAGUCAGGAGUCACACCUCUCUUCAUCUCGCAGCCAAAAACGGUCACAUGAAUGUAGUCUCCUAUUUUCUCAGCUGUGGAAUGGAUGUCAAUAUAACAGUACGUCUGUUUUUUCAAUAUUUAUUUUUAGUAAACAAGAACAUACAAUGUUUCUGGAACAAGAAAUGAUAUCCAGUAUUUUUGGUUGGCCUGGAGGAGCAUAAAAAUGAUUGAAGUUUUGAAGAAACAAAUUCCUUGUCAGUUCAAGAGGACCCUUGCAACAAUGUAAAAAACAAUAAUCAAAUAAAGUUAACAAUCGAACCUAGCCAUAAAACAAAAGAGCUGCAAUGUGCAUAUAUUGUAGGUGUCCAAAGAAAUAAGAGGCAUUACAAUGUAAAGAGGUACGAGGUUACUGAUUUUCAAGAAAUGUAUCCUAGCUUAAGCCAUGGGUCUUAAAACCAGAAAUGUAGAAUCAAUUGUGCAUUUUCUCCUGAAAGUUCAAUUUGUACAUGCAUGAAGGUGAACACGAUCAUCGCAGUAGAAUGAACAACCUAAGCAGUUGAAAAAGAAGCUGAAAAAUUCCUGACCUUUGCGAUGACCGGAUGCAACACUCUAUCCAUUGAGCUAAUCAAGCCAACUGGAGAGCAAGCCAUUCACAUUUUUAUCUGCAGUUCAAAAUAUGAUUCAUUUCAUUAUUUCAGUUGAAUGAUUGUGUACUUGAUUCACAAGAAAGUUGCGAGAGGUGCCUCAGCAGUCUACUGUAAUGCAUCUAGCCAUUAAUCCUUCCCUUAUGGUCCUGUUCAACCUAAUAUAGACGUACCCUGGGGGCGUCCCUUAUGAGGGCUUAAUAGGGACAUGCAGCCAGCCAGGGUAUGUUUUUCGGGAUUUUUGUCUUAAACAGGGUAUCGAUUUUGUCAUUUUUUGUCUUAAUUAGGGUAUCGAUUUUAUCAAUUAUUUUUGUCUUAAACAGGGUAUUUUCUGAUUGUCAAUGGAUUAAAUAAGAAAGAGUUUCGUAUUAUUGUCUUACAGAGGGUAUGGUUUCGGGUUAAAUGUCAGGGUAUCAAAAAUUGGAAUUCUGUCUUAAACAGGGUAGGAAAAUCAGCGAUUUUUGUCUUAAACAGGGUCAGGGUAUGAGGGGCCAGGCCACACCUCCCCACCCAAGUAUAUAUCAAGUACCCUUAGAAAAUCUGACGUUCCACUAUAUAAACCCCGCAAAACAGUGGAACUACAUAGAAAUGCAUGCUGCAUCUAUCGGUGAGAAUACAACCCCCAAGUCAAAGAAUCUUAGAGUACACUGAAAUACAGUAAUGUUGAACCUCUCCACAACGGCCACCUUGUGGACAGAAGAAAGUAGGCGUUGCAGUGAGGUGGCUUCUGUAGAGAAGUUUAAACAAGAGUCAAUGUAUGGACUGUGCCGCCAAAAAAGUGGCCAUUGUAGAGAGGUGGCCAUUAGUGGAGUUUGGACUGUAAUGAUUAUUCUAAGAGUAUGACUGACAAUAGUUAGAAAUAAACAUUUCACUUUUAACAGCAACAGAGAUCUUCACUUUUGAAACAAAUUUUUAUUUUUCCUGUCUUUUUUUUUUUCACUUUUAAAUAUCAAUGCAACACUUAGCAACAAAGUUAGCAUUUUCAGACAUUGUAGCUUUUUUCUAGGAAAUGUGGAUAUCUUUUCACUUUUUUCUCCCAGAUUGUGAUUUGCCAUUCCAACCUGCAUGAGCAACUUCUUAUUUUCAGAAAAAUCAUUACUUUGCAUAGUUUGAUCCCCAGCACUUCAACUAUUGUGAAUCAAAAUGCUUUCAUCCAAACAAGCCACAGUCUCAAAUAGUUUAUAUUAUUUUUAUAUCCACUCGUAAAUGGUCGCUUACGGGAGAUGGUCUCGUAAAAGCAAUUGCACUACAGGGCGUCUCUUUCAAGAUGUGCAGAUGUCAGAGUAUUAUUUUAUUGCAUGUAAUUUCCCAGUUAUGUACAUGUGUAGUUCCAUGUUGUCACUGAAUGUUCUUCGUAUACUCUGUAUGGUGUAGUAUAUACAGUGAACAAAGAGACCACACCAUGUGUCAAGUGGUUGCUUACAAGAGGUUAAAAACAAUGGAAAACGUCAUAACCGUGAGGCGAGAGAGAGGUUCUAAUUAUAUUGCUUUGACUGGGAAAAAUUUGUGUUUUUGAUAGGUUUUCAGUUAAAGACAUGGUUGCUUACAAGAGGUUAACGUUGUUGCGCAUGGAGGUUCAACUGUAUAUAAUAAUAUUAUUUUUGUAAUUUUUUCAAGUGGCUUAAUGAAUGUAUUGUCAUUCUCUUAACCAGUGUUCCUCUGGUACAGCCCUUCAUGAGGCUGCUUUGUUUGGUAAAGCAGAUGUUGUCAAUCUUCUCUUACACUGUGGUAAGUUAGAUACGGCUUCACUAGUUCAUCAAUCUAUAAUGAUUCUCUGUGUGGUAAAUUUUCAUACCCACUCCAAGACAAGUUCUCAAGGUAGCCAAAAUAACUUAAUACAUACAGCACAUGUACACUACUUGCAGGUUUUCAAUGUGUACUAAAAAUUAUUAAAAAUAGAACUUCAAAAAGUCAGUUUAAUACAAUUGGAAGAGUGGAAGCAAAGGACAGGGCUAUCAUUUAGAGGCAGGGACCAGCGAUUUCCUCUGGCCACUAUGGACGUGGCCCCGGCUACGUUCAAAGGAAAAUAGAAGAAAAAUAGAGCCAAAGAAACGCCUAACUGUUAGAUUCCCUGCCCAUGUGUUGUAUUUACCCUGGGCUCUAACUUGAAAUUUAGGGACAACCCUGAGAGGAAGAGGAAAUGGUGGUGGAACUGAGAACGUGCACUUUGUGAUUUUAAACAAUCAACUCAAGGGUUAAAACCAAACUACUAUCAAUAAUAUUAUAAGAAAAAUUAAUGUUAUUAAGAGAGGAUGAAACUUGAGUUUACACUUAUAAAAUUUAAUGCGUGGCUCUCUUAAGUGUCCCCAACUAACUUGAGUUAUUUUCCUGAUUCAAGUAUGCAUGUAUCAAGAGAGAAAUCUUUUGGAACAGACAAGAGAACAUAGCAAACUCAACCCACAGAAUUAUGGUGUUGAUGCUUUGGUUCAAACCCAGGCCAAAAGUGCUCUCACCAAUGCACCAUUCCUGUUUGUCCAAAAGGAAAUUGGUCAUGCUCUUUCCAAAGAUCUCACUUUUCUCAUUAAUUUUGGAAUCUCCAUUAUUUUGUGAUUGCAAUUUUGCCAAAUUAUCUACUUUUUCAGGAGUGGAUGUAACAGUGGUGGAUCACAAUAAUAAAACUGUGUUAGAUCUGUUAGCUUCUCACCCCUCAGCAAGAACAACAGAAAUCAGGGAUCUCAUAUUUGGUAGGUCUUGUCAAUUAAGUACUAAUAAGAGCCAUAAUUGAAAAAAAAGCCUGCCAGGGCUGUGCUCUAGCAGAGCUUGGUGGCUCUCAAAUGACCUACUUUUCCCUUUAGACCACAAAAAAAUCUUAAAACUUAAAUAAGAACUAUAACUGUCUUGUUAUACACAGUAGACUGGUCAUCUUAGACCCUGUUUAGACAGCUCCAGACAAAUUUUUGCAAGUUUUGAACAGCAAAUUGUGCAAGUUUUUGACCUGAUCAGAUUAGUUCUAUGGUUCCACAUUUACAGGGACUUGUGUACAUAAAUACCUCACCUGUGCAAGUUUUUGUACAGUAAAAGCCUAGAGCCUAGUAAUAUGCGCCUUUGAUAAAAAAGGCUUUUCCAAUGCUGACACUGACAAAAAAUUUGUAUGGACAUGUGUUAACACCCCUGUUAAGUAACAGAAUUUGCACAGUCCUUUGUAAAUGGGUUGCACAGGUAAAAAAUUCUAAUGUUGGAAGAUUUGUCUGGACCCAUGUAAAUAGGGUCUUGAAAAUGAAAAUUGGCUUUUUAAGAGUAUUCACCAAAAAGCCAAUAUUGCUACACUGGUAGAUAAUGUUACCGGCCAAAAUUAAAUUCAGGUUAAAAUUUUUUCAGUUAGGUUGAUUUUUAAUUUCCUUUGUCUCCUUGAAAUUAUUCAUGAAUUAGGACUAGGAGACAAAGGAAAUUGAGAAUCAACCUACAAGUAGGUUAAAAAAUUUUAACAUGAAUUAAAUUUUAACCUGUAACACAUACCGUAUAUUUCCUUGAAUAUUAUAGCUGUGCCUUGAUUAAUUGCCUCUCUUGAAUAAUUAUUGCCCCCCUUAGAUGGAAAAAUUUGGAAUAAUCGCACCCCCACUCUCUCCCACUUCUCACACUAUCUUCCCUUUCUUUUAUCCCUUCACUGUCAAGUUGAAGUGUAGUGUGAUUCAGCAAAACUGAUCAGUAACGAUUUAAGCUCUGACGCUGAAGAUACAGACAUUGAAAAUUAAUCAAAGAACCAAAUUUGGAACACUUAAAAAGCCCAUGUUCAGUUUAUUUGAUGUGAUCAUUUUUUGGUUUAAUAAUAAAACAAAAUACUUAGGGCAAUACCUCAAAUAAUCGCCCCCCGUUUUGUGUGAACAAAUAAUAAUCUCCCCGGCCUAUUAUCUGAAGAAAUACAGUACGUGUAGUGUUUAGAAACAGGUUACCAGUAAUAAGGCAAUAGAAAGAUCUGUUUAACUGUGGAAUUCCGUGUAGGGAUAGGCUGGUCUGGCUGGUCAGUUCUGACUUAAUGGUUAGCUCCAUUUAUAUAGCUUUUAAAUGAAGAUAUGAUCAUCGCAGUGGUAAUUGUGAUUUAAUCAAUUGCAAAUUGACCCAAAAACAAAAAUUUCGGAUCUUCAACGGGAUUCAAACCCAUGGCCUCUGUGUUAGCACUGCAGUGCUCUACCAGUUGAGCUCUGAAGACCCAUACAUUGGGAGCAGGCCAAUUUGGUGAGUUCAUUUGUACCUGUAAAAGGAAUGAAACAUGAAGAUGAUGUGAACUGUGGAAAUGCAAAUUUAAACGAAGAUAUGAUCGUUGCAGUUGUAAUUGGAACUCAACAAAUUGGCCUGCUGCCAAUGUAUGGAUCUUCAUAGCUCAUAUUGGUGGAGCAUUGCCUAGCUAAUGUAGCUAGUACGGCCAUGGGUUUGAAUUCCUUUGAAGUCUCGAAAUUUUUUUCGGGUUAAUUAGCAAUUGCUUACAUUGCAAUUACCACUGCAAUGAUUCAUGUCGUCAUUUAUAUUUGUAUUUAUGCAGUUCACAUCAUCUUCUUAUUGUUCUUAUUGUUCCAAACUUAUAUGCUGGGCACUUUGGAUUUUGUAUUUCUACAGCCAAAAUUUUCUUUGAGCAUAGAGACCUUCCUUUGCUGUGCACAGAAUUGUCACAUUGCAUACGUACAAUACAACACAUUUUAUUCACAUUUCAACAUACAAUACUAUAAAAAUAUACUAAUGAGAGCAAUCUGUACUUUAAGAUUUUUUGAAAAAUAUUAUUUUGUCACAAGAUUCAAAACUAAGUUAAAUAGCUACGGAAACAAAAUAAAUUAGCUAAUAAGGAUCUUUUACUAACUUUUGUGAAAUAACAUUAUUAAGAUAAAAUACAUUAAAUGUGUUAAGGGGAGUUUAAUUGCCCUUUAUAAUAGUUUAUGUUUAAAUGUGGCUAAAUUUUAUUGUUUUGCCAUCUCAUUUUUACGCCAUUAUAUUUUUGCAUCGUGGAUAACCUGCAUUUUUAUUUUGAUAUAUAACAAACCCUUUGACUCACUUCUAAUUAUUAACACUUAAUUGUUUUAACUAUUACUAAUUAGCCUCCAGCCUCAAAGAACCCACAUGUACGUCUAGCUUAAAAAGACAGUUUACCGGUGAGUGGAGCUUCAUUUUCACUGGUGCACAAAAAUUAAACAGUCACUACUAGUAAUGUUAAUGCCAUAAAAAAAUGUGUAAAACUAUUUAUUUAUACUAUUGUUCUUUAUGUCGUCACACAGUCACACUAUCAAUAGAGUGUCUAAAGAUAUUGUCUAUUGCCCCUCCCACCCCUUUGUUCAUGCACCACAACCCUGUAUGGUUUAGUGCAUUAUUUUAUUUAAAAUACAUGUUUUUUGUCUCCAUCUCACUUUUGUAUAAUAGUGAGGAUAUUACAAGGAAAGCCCCUUUUUCAACUUUUACUACCAUUGGCAUGGAUAUUAGAUUGAUGUCAGUUUUUUCUCUGCUAAGCCAAAUCAUCUUUUCUGCAUUUCCACAUGUUGCAAUUUUCUUUUCCACUUGAAUAUUUGCCAAAGUAAAGUUUACCCCCUUAUUAGAACACCCUCCUUUGAAUAGGUGCAUGAGUUCCCUUAAGACCAAAGAUUUAAAAUACAAAAACACUUAAUGUCAGGUCCCUCGGGAAACUAGAUAGUUUUGUUUUCCCUUGAGUCCUGAUCUUUCCCUCAACUUCUUCUCGGGAAACAUCAGGACUCUUGGGGAAACAAAACUUACUGUUUCCCUCAGGAUCUGACAUUAAGUGUAUACUAUUAACAAGGUAAUACUAAAAAUUAUUGAGUGUUUAUUUUAAUGUUUAAAUUAUCAUGGAUUACAAAAUUGACAUGAUCAAUAGAAAAAAAAUUAAUUUAGUGAUUCCCUCCUCGCGCGCCCCUCGCGUUUUUCUCGCACCUAAAACUCCCUUUCCCUUCCCUUUCAAACGCCUGCCACGCAGGCUAAUUUAGUGGAAGCAAUUCUUUAAAGGCAUUCAUAGUGGUUUGAUUUUUUGUUCCAGACUGUAGCACCUCAGUAGUGAAAACUUCAUUUCCCUGCCUCAGACAGUGUCCAGGGAAUGAAUAAAUUGUGAGCUGAACUCCUUAAAUUGUGGGAAUGAAUUUGUGAUGAAUUUUUGAAAGCGCCAUGCGCUAGUGCUUUCAUUUGUCUCAGCCUUAUUUUGACUGGACCAAAAGUGUCAGUAAAAAAGUAGUAAAUUCUGUGUCCAAAUCACCUUACAACCUUAGUUAAACUCUGUGUAAUUUUGUAUUCAGUAGGUGUCUAUAAAACUGGAUCCAACAGCAGUUUUUGCAUCUAGCUUUUGUGCUUUUAUCUUUUUUCAGAAUUCCAAACUACAAAAAAGCCUUUUCCAGGAAUUCAUUCAUCAAACACAUUCCAUGUGAGUUUGUAAUUAUUGUUAAAAUGUUAUGCAAUUAGAUACCUUGUAAAGUUUAAGGGGCCCAUUUCAAACUUCACAUGCAUUGAAUUAUUAUAAUACUAAGGAGGAAAACCUUGAUUUCUUGCUCAUAUGCAUUAGAUUUUCCUUUGACCUUGUUGCUCCCUAGCUCAGGUAGAAAUUCAUUUUAACUUCAAUUUUUUUUUAAUUUUAUAAAAAAAAGCAGGUCCUACAUGAAAGUGUAUAGUAUCAAAGAGCAAUUGUUGCUUUAAGGCAAAUUCCUGUAAGGCUCUCAUCUUUAGAACAACAUAAGUACCACCCUGAAUCCAGGGAACUCACCUCAGGUAGAAAAGUUUAAGAUCAUCGAAAAAUUAAUUGGGCAGUUGUAAAUAUGAGUUAAGUGAUUUUGAUGGCAGCAAUGUUUUUUAUUCAUAAUAUAUAUUUUGUACAAAUAAAGUAAAGCCCUGUCUAUCAUUCUCCCCCAUUGCGUGCACAAGACGUUGUUCUUACUUCAAAAUAUAUGCUUGGUAAUUCUCACCCAUCUGUUCAUCUCAGCUGUUGUUUCUUUUGUUAUCAAACUGAAGUCUUGCUACAUCUCUUUGUUGUUUGUCUUUCAACUUUAAGGGAUUCUCACCUAACCGACCAACAUCAGCUGUUUACCCAAGAAACCUUCAUUAUGAUGAUGUUCCUAACCCAGUACCAUAUCAAAAAGGUUUGUUUGGAUUUAUUUAUUUCUUAAGGAAGCCAGCAUCAAAACUCUUUGUGAAAUUAUUUAUUUUGUAGCAAUGUUUUUGACAAGUAAACGUUACCUGUGGUGGUAUUUUCUUGUCAUUAGAUGUGGCUUCACGUACCCUUCGUAGGUCUGGUUCAUAUGAUUCAGUCCCACCCCCCCGAACAAGACAGGAAUACUUGGUAAGUGAAUAUAAAAUCUUAUGAAGUGGUGGAACCACUUGAUUAAGGACUUCUCUCGCUUGGGACACAAAAAUGCGUUACGUGCUUCAUUUUACACUUUAACUUCAUUUUGGUGCAUUUUGGCUAAUUUAAAGGCACCUAAACGGGUGCAUUAGUCAUAAUUAAAUACAAAAACUUGCAUUCAUUUAUUGUACUGAAAAAGGUGUUGGUUACUACAGUAAAGGAAUGAUUCAUAUUGGUAACCCUUCAUCAGAGUAAAUCUAAAUUCAAAUUAGAGCAAAUCUUGGUUGUAAUCAUUUUAUGUAAGCAAAUUUUUCCUCUUAAUUCAAACAAUGGCUCCAAUUAUUAUUUUGUAGUAAGAAUUUAAUAAUGGAUGAUGAUGACAAUAACAUAAACUAUUUACUCAUUGUAACAAUUAUUGUUACGAUGAGUAUAUAGUUUAUGUUAUUGUCAUCAUCUGGGCCUAACUCCUGUAGCUCUUUCUCCUCUUUGGAUCUUUAAAUCUUCGUGGUUCUUCAUCUUUUUCUCUUGUCUUCUGGUGCCUUUGUAAUAGCACUGUGCAAAAUUGCUUCUUCUUCCAUUCAUAACACAUGAGCUAAUUCCAACCACCAUCUCCUUUGGAGACUUCAUUUGUAUGCCGAUCAGCACUGUAUUGCUUUGCCUGUUGCAGUUACUUCUGCAGGGCUGGAAAACAGAAGAAAAAGGAAACCAAACAAAAUUCCCGACUGUUUGAUUCCCCACCUACUUCUUGUAUUAACCCGGCAACGUGAAAUUUUAGUGACAGCCCUGAUUCUGGUUGCUCUUUCUCACAGGCCUUUAAGAUUGUUGCAACAUAUUUAUGCUGGGAGGUGUUUAGGUUUUAUUAUCGAUCAGGUUUCUGUAAUUAAGUAGUUAGUGUAUUUAAAGGUCUCAUAAGUACAAGCAGUCACAAUAGAUUACAUGUUACGAUCAAUAUUUUUUUCUUUGCAGAGGCAAUCAAGUUAUGAUACUGUCCCCCCUCCCAAAGGUUUGUUAAUAGUCUUUAUUUUGUGAAAGGUUUGAACCCAGGAGUCAUUUCAAAAGUAGGUUGAGUUUGAUCGUCCGGGUGAACGUAGUCCUGAAUAGGACUGUUGUUGUUGACAGUGACUGACGUUUCGACAACCUGUGCGGUAGUCAUCUUCAGAGUCUUCAGAGUCUUCGGUAGUCAUCUUCAGAGUCUUUAUUUUACUAAAAAGUCAGGUUUUAUCUCAGGUUUUGUCUAUAGAAGCACUAUUUUUUCAAAAGUAAAUGACUGAGACAGUCUGCUUGACAAUCUAUUAAUAUUACAUUUCAAUCCCUUCCGGGAGUUACCUUUAUCAAUAGCUGUAUCUAAAAUAAUUACUUUGUAAUAUGUUUAGAAAUGACCAAAUCCUCCGACUGGACUAAAUAUGAUGAAGUGGAGGAACGAUCUCCUGGUAACAUUCAGCUUUCCAAUGCUACCAAAGGCUACUCACUUCUUGGACCAGCCGAAGAGCCCGCCGAGGGGGCACCACCGCAGCUCACACCACAGGAUAUCCAUGGCGGCUAUGCCCUCAUUGGGUUUCCUGCGCAAGGAGAAGGAAACAAACCCUCAAGUUCGUUGCGACCUGACAGCACUUAUGCUGAAGUUAGAAAUGAGGGCGACAGUUUUGCACCAGUUAAGAAGUCUUCUCCAUCUCAGGCUGAUUUCAGUGACUACUUUCUUGUCGGAUCUCUGUCUGAUGGUAACGAAAGUCAACCUUUGCCUGCAUCAGGUAUGACGUUUUCAGUUCUUGAGGUAUCUGCACAGUCAAAUCUGUAAUAAGCAAUCACUCUUGAAGAAUGGCCAACUUGCCUAUUAGUUCAGGUUGACCAUUCAACCUUUCACUAGACCAAAAAUUCCAAAUUUCAUUUUGUAGAAUGCUCGAAAACAAAUAUUAUCGUGGGAAAGUACUUUUAAAGAUAUUCUAUUUGAAUGGUCACGCAGCAGGGUUUCGCGGUCCACAGACAUGGAAUCUGGAAUCCACUACCUGCAUUCCGGAAUCCACAGCGUGGAAUCCAGAAUCCAAUACUUGAAUUAUAUGGAUCAUUAUACGUUUCUGGGUAACCGCCCACCUACCCCUCCCCGAAGCAACUUUUUGCCCUAAGUGAAAACUAAGUAUUAAUGUUGGGUUAGGGGAGCGGUAGGUGGACAGUUUCCCAGAAACGUUUAACAUUACAUGGGGCGAUAUACUGUUUGUAAUGAUUAUUUUUUCUUGAAGGUAUGGUUUCUGAAGAGAACUCCACCUAUUUCUUGGUUGGGGGGCAGCCUCGCAGAGACGCCCGUGAGAGUUACGACACUGUUGCACCUAAACCAAGAGCAGUAUCACAGCAGAGUAUCUAUGAAGUACCACCACCAAUGUCUUUAAAGGGUGGAGGUGAUGGCCAAGGGAAUAAUACCAUACCCCGCCAGACCCCUCCCUCCAGGAUAUUGAGGCGCUCAUCUUCGGAUAUAUAUGAAAAUCAACAAAGGCGAGCUACUGAUUAUGACUUUGUCGCUCUCCCGGGACGGAGAGCUACACCUGAGGCACCUUCUUAUGACAAUGUAUCUUUACCUAGUCAAGUUCCACAAGUAAGUUAUACUCUAAUCACGCUGAAAUGAUUAUAAAAUAUUUUGUGACUAAUCUAAAAAUCUGAAUACACAGAAUUAGGAGCAGGCAUCUCGUUUAUUGAUGCACAAUAUGAAGCCAGCGUUACGGCAUUACAGACACAGCGUUACAGUAUUAUAGACACAGCGUCACAGUAUUACAGACACAGCGUUACAGUAUUAUAGACACAGUGUUACAGUAUUAUAGACACAAUGUUACAGUAUUAGUAAUAGUUGACACUACAGCUGCCCCCGCUCUGUAUAUUGUCGGUCAAUAGUAUUCUUGGUCGUUGUGAAGUCGUUGUGUAGCUCUUUGAAAUAUACCGAUUCAUAAUGAAGAUUUUCACACAUAUUCCAUACAAUAGGUGAGAUAAAAACAGGAAACGCAAGGUAAUAUGCACAAUUUUAGUUCGAUUUACACAGCUCUGAUCAAAACAUUCUCAUUUUCGAGAAUAGUUGAAUUUUCGCUAUUUUUCUUUCACUUUUUACAUACAGUUCAUUUUAUUUGCCAGAAAGUAAGUCUUAGAAAUUAAAAGGACUUUUGAACUUUAAAGCCGAAGGACAUUUGUGAGCCAUGGAAUAAGUCAGCGCAGAAUUUGAUUGUCGGCGAAUUUCUGUAAUCGUCCAUCGUUCUGGUAGUGAGAACCUUGCCGUUGAUUCGUUGAUUCCAGUCAAAGAGAGAGAAAGAGAGUAUGGCAAGGUUUCCAAUCGGAUUUGUGAACUCGUGCCUGGCAAACUCCAAGUGUUUAUAUAUACACAGUUGUAAGCGCCUUAUAACUUCAUCUGCGCUUAACGAGUGUGUUUUGGUCCAUAACUUUCAAAACAGCUGCUCCCACCACAGAAUGUCACUGAUAACACGUAACGCAAAAGAGUGUCGAAGUAUGAAUGUACAAUAAAUGUCACAAAAUCUACCUAAGCGGUCCCUUCGGGAUUUUCUGUCUUUACGUCAUCCUAACCAUCUCGUACUUGCGGGCGCGAACAAUACAAACGUCAUCAUUACCUACCGAUUCCUCGCGGCCCCUGUUCAAGCAAAUCGAGAUUUUUUCUGGCAUGCUGACUGUACAUUUCAACUGUAAGUACCUUCCUUAAUAUACGCGCGAGUUACUAGAGUGCCUGAUCACACAGCGAUACAGUGCUAGCGUCACAGUAUUAUAGACACAGCGUUACAGCAUUACAGACACAGCGUUACAGCAUUACAGACACAGCGUCACAGUAUUAUAGACACAGCGUUACAGUAUUAUAGACACAGCGUUACAACAUUACAGACGCAGCGUCACAGUAUUGUAGAUACAGCGUUACAGUAUUGUAGAUACAGCGUUAGAGUACUAUAAACACAGCGUUACAGCAUUACACUCACAGACACAGCGUGUAGUUUACAAAAAGUUACUUUUUUUUCAUUUUUAUCUAACUGAUUUGGUAAAUGCUAAAACUGAACAGCGCAGGAUAUAUGCCUCGACGCUUCGCGUCUCGGUAUAUUAUCACCACUAUUUACCUCCCCUUCGGCGGAUAGUUGUAUACUAUUGCGAUAAGAAUAGACACAGCGUCACAGUAUUAUAGACUCAGUGUUACAGCAUUACAGAGACAGCGUUACAGUAUUAUAGACAUAGCGUUUAAGUAUUAUAGACACAGCGUUACAGCAUUACAGACACAGCGUUACAGGAUUACAGACACAGCGUUACGGCAUUACAGACACAGCAUCUCAGUAUUAUAGACACAGCGUUACAGCAUUACAGACACAGCGUUACAGCAUUACAGACAGAACGUUACAGCAUUACAGACACGGCAUCACAGUAUUAUAGUCACAGCGUUACAGCAUUACAGACACAGCGUUACAGCAUUACAGACACAGCGUUACAGCAUUACAGGCACAGCAUCACAGUAUUAUAGACACAGAGUUACAGCGUUACAGCAUUACAGUAUUAUCGACUUAGCGUUAUAGCCUUACAGACACAGCGUUACUGUAUUAUAGAAUCCGGGGAAAUAAAUCAGGGUUGACAAAGAUGCCUCGAAUGGCCCUUGUAUAACAUAACAAAUCUUAAAUAGUCUACUAUCCCCUAGAGACAUCUCAUAAACACGCCCUAAAUACUUCUCCAGUUACCACGUAACAUAGUGCAGAUACUUUCAACAUAUAUUUACUCUCAGCUGGAAAGGUGUCUUGUACAUUGGGAAGGGGUUCACAGCCUAAAUGUUAGACACAUUGAUCAUGGCGUACAAUGUUGCUUAAAUAGAAGAAGAUUCUUCUGAUGCAAUGUCUCUUGAAACAAUUUCACUCGCUGUCUGGGCACUCAGGCUUGAAGUGAAAACUUUCCCACUAGAAUGUUGGAAAAGUUGCACCUAGGCCAUUUAUUUUUCUGUGGGGAUCUGACCAUCCACUUGACGCCAAAACAUAAUGAUAAUGAGAACGAGAACGAGAACGAGAAUGAUAAUGAUAUCGAUAACUAUAAGGAGAAGGAGAACGAGAAGGAGAAUGAUAAUGAUAAGGAGAACGAGAAUGAUAACGAGAAUGAUAAUGAGAACGAGAACGAGAACGAGAAUGAUAACGAUAACAAUAAGGAGAACGAGAAUAAUAACGAGCAUGAGAACGAGAAUGAUAACGAUAACGAAAUGAUAAUGAUAAUGAUAUCGAUAACGAUAACAAUAAGGAGGACGAGAAUGAUAACGAUAACGAAAUGAUAAUGAUAACGAUAAUGAUAAUGAUAUCGAUAACGAUAACGAUAAGGAGAACGAGAAUGAUAACGAGAACGAGAACGAGAAUGAUAACGAUAACGAGAACGAGAAUGUUAACGAUAACGAAAUGAUAAUGAUAUCGAUAACGAUAAUGAUAAGGAGAACGAGAAUGAUAACGAGAACGAGAAUGAUAACGAUAACGAGAACGAGAAUGAUAACGAUAACGAAAUGAUAAUGAUAUCGAUAACGAUAACGAUAAGGAGAACGAGAAUGAUAACGAGAACGAGAACGAGAAUGAUAACGAUAACGAGAACGAGAAUGUUAACGAUAACGAAAUGAUAAUGAUAUCGAUAACGAUAAUGAUAAGGAGAACGAGAAUGAUAACGAGAACGAGAAUGAUAACGAUAACGAGAACGAGAAUGAUAACGAUAACGAAAUGAUAAUGAUAUCGAUAACGAUAACGAUAAGGAGAACGAGAAUGAUAACGAGAACGAUAACGAGGACGAGAACGAUAACGAUAAGGAGAAUGAGAAUGAGAAUGAGAACAAUAAUGUGAAUGAUACGGUUCUUACAAACCGGUUUUACAUCACGUAGUAGUCUCAAUUCUAGAGAAUAAGUCCUGUUAACUUAAAACCCUAAUCUGCAAGCACUUUCUUAAAAAGAAAAAAUCUUUAAUCUUGAUUUAAAAAAGUCUACAUUAAUGGUAUCUGGUGGGUCGUUCCAAAGCCUUAGUGCGAUAAGCGAGAAAACUCUCUCGCCAUAAGAAAUCGUUUUAAUCUUUGGAACAGACAGCAGAUUUAAACUGCUUAAAAGAUGGGAACCGGGAAAAAAAUACUCAAGCAUUAUGAAGCACCAUCCUCAAGUUUAGUCAGUCACACACACUGCCGUUGGUGGAAUCUCAAUUUCCUUGGAAAAGAUGAUUCAGUCAGUUACACAGGCGUCUUGGAAGAAAAAAUUCGAGUACACCCAACAGGAGAUGAACCUAUGACCUUCUGGUUUCUGGUCCAGAUGAUCUACCACUGAGCUACAGAAUUCUCGUGGGUGCUAAGGCCACUAAACUAGGUUCCUGUGACAAACAGCCUGCAUACUGCUAGGACUAGAAUGUCGAUAUGUCCUAAUUCACAAUGAUAAAAACGUGAUGGUCAAUUCCCGUGUUUCUCAUUUACACCUUAGGAUCAACCAACCAACCAAGAGACCCCUGCGGCAUCUACGAUAAGGCCUCGUCCUCAAGGAGACAAGAUGUGUCCCCUGGCAGAUGCACAAGGAUACGAGUUUGUACACGUGCGGAAACCAGAGAAAGGAACAGAAGAGUCUGCGCCUGAGAUGCAGCCCUUUGCUCCGCUGCCUGGUUAUUUGCCUAUGGGUCCCGCGCAGCCUGACGCUGGUUAUGAAGUGUUAAGUGCGCCAGCCGAGUCUCAGGAUCAGUUAAGAAGUUAUGCUGGCGAAUAUGAGACACUUUCUAUGGCUGGACCUCAAAGAACAGGGACCCAGACAGCAUCCAGUGCAAGGAGCAUUCCAUCAUCAGCCCCUCUAUAUGAAGUGCCACCCUCCAUGUCACCCCCUGUUUAUGAGAUUGCUCCUCCUCCAAAACCCACGAGCAUGGUGAGCUUACAAUUAGCGGAAAGCUGUGUUUUGGGUACAUAGUGGAGGUAUACUGUAAAGCCACCUUCCAGCACCUUCAGGGUCUGAUAGUGAAGACCAGUGCGUCUAACUAACUGAAUAAAUAUCUAUCUUAAGUUACUAACUUGCUAACCGCUAACUGCUAACUAACUAACUAACUAACUAGCUGACUAACUACAGUGUAACCAGCUAGCUAGCUAGCUAGUAAACUAACUAACAAAUUAACCAACAACUAUGUAAAUAAGCUAACUAACUUACUGACUGUCUGUUAAAAGUUACUGUCUUCAAAGCAGUCUGUGUCUGGAAUGGUUAUGUUCGCAAUGCUCUCGGAUUUUUUUCUUUUAACAGUUGUCAUCCGCUGAGUGUAUUAUAUAGUAUCGAUACUGCCAAUGAGCUUUCAUUUGAAAACCCGUAGAGUGAACUGCUCAGUUGCAACCCACGACUUUUCUACUUUAGGACGGAUUGAAAACGUUAGCGAGAUUCUUUGGCGAAUCUCAAAGCACGGUAAUGGAGAUUCAAGGCAACUGUGAAAAUAUUUAUCAUAACUCAAUUGCGGUCUACUCUAAGCAUUGACCUUGUCUUUCUUUUCUUACAGGCUCCACCCAUUCCUCCUAGACAACGCUCUGGAGGACAGUCGCAGCCAUCGGUCACUGGUGAAGUGCAGUGGAUUGAGAAAGAACCGACACAACCUAAAUCUCCUGCACGAAGACAAAAUGAAUAUUCCGACUGGCGUCCUGCAAUGUUUGGAGAACCUGGGUCACCUGCGAGGCCAUUGUCGCCUGGGAGGUCUGUGACGUCCCCUAAACCAGACGCGUAUGAACAGGUGCGCAUUGAAGGCCCUAAAAAAGGGACAGUAGAUCGGGGGAGAGCCAGACAGAUAACCGUGGAGCAUCGUGGAGGGGAAUACUGCAUGCUGUCGCCUACUGCAGUAGGACCUAGGGAAACGGAAGGUGGGGAGACGGCGGUUGCGGGUGAGAGACUGCCCAGUUUAACCGAACCCGUGAUGACGCCACCCUUUUCGCCUCCAUCACCCAGAACGGCCGAAGCGUCUGUUUUUGAAGCGCUUGGCUCAUUACGGCCGUCGAACGUGCCGACGAUUCCGGAGGCGCAUGAGGCAGACGGAGAUGAGCAGCGCGAUAGUAAAAAACGGCAGGCACCGAUUCCAAAACCGAGGAGAAAUUUGCAGAAUGCAACGAAGCCCAAAGUUCUUCCCCGCCAUGACAGCUUGUUAGAUGAGGAGUUUGAUACACCCGCGGAUCCCAAACGAACCUCUGGAAUAGAAGUAGUGAGUCAAGACCCGUUCAGCUUUCCACCUGUCGUGUCCUCAUCAGAUACUUCACCAAAAGACAAUCCAAAGAAAAGUAAUUUUGCUGAGUUGCACAAGCGCUUUUCGCCAUACUCGUCCAGGGAAGACAUCUUCAACUACACAGACGAUGCGCUAACAAACAAACGCGAAGAGCCCGAUGGGGCAGAGAAUGAAAGUGAUGUGAAGCCAUCGCCCUUAGUUUAUGAGAAUGUGUUGUUUAAACGUCGAGACGAAGAAGAGAAUGGUGACGAGGCGACUUAUAUUUCAAACAACACAACUGAAGAAAGGCACGAUGAAUCCGCGGAAAGGCCUGAUUCCUAUAGGUUAAGCAAGUUGUCAGCAGAUAGCCCCAUGGAUGAGAGGGAGGAAUGGGAAAAGGUAUCGUUUUCAUAGUUGUUAAUUAAAAGCUCUUUAGUUCAGUCUUAAAGCCUGCAGAACAGGCGCUAUUUUUUCGCACAAUUCAGCUGAGCACUAAUCGAGCGUGGAGCGCGAGUUACGCGCGUGCCUUCCGUGCCUUCCCUCAUCGCGCGUGUCUUGCGCUCCUCGCCCGCGGCAUGAGGGAUAAGGAGGAGUAAAUCAAUCAUGGCAACCUUUAGGAUUAAAACUACUCAUCUUUCUAGGAAGAAAACAAACGAAAAUAAUUAAUGAACCUUAGACAAUGGAUUUAGGAAACCUUCUGAACGAGUGAGUCAGGGAUGACCCCACCCCUUCUGGAUAAAUUUUAUGCACUACGUAACCCAGCCUGGCGUUCAGGUUAAGACUGUGAUCAGCUUAGUUCCCGGUUUCUUUAAUUUUACGAACUUUUUUUUAAGUUCCAAGAGUGACCAAAGUGAAUUUUCUCCUAACAAUAAAUCGACUCGUAAUCAAGGAAUGUGGUUAUGAGAAUUUAAAAAAAUGAUCACCAAAAGGAAAUGCCCUGAUCUGUUAUCAAAUUAUCUAAACUAAGUCUCUUAAGGAAGUAUAUGGAAAUCAGUGUGGAGAAUUUGUAUGUAGAUUUUGGGGCUUGAGAGUACAAGUAUGAGAUUCAAGAUGAAUUUGAUUUUGGAAUUUGGAGCCACUUUCAUUCUCAGAUCUGUGAUUCUUUCCGGGCACAUCACGUAAACAGAAGGAACGACCGGAUAAGAACGAUAUCACAACUGACUAUCUGUGGUACACCAGCCUGGUUUGAGAACUCAUAUUUGUGGUAAUAAAACUCCUUUCUCGCAACCUCCUGGCCAGGGACACUUUUCUGCCCCAAGAGUGAUGGGCAUUUGCUGACUUUGCUCUAGGGGAUGGGAAAAAUGGUUGUAGAAAAUUCGCAUUUAAUCUUACGUUGCUCAAAGCAUCUGGACCCAGGUUGAUACAGGGCUUCUCAUUAAAAGAUGGGAUGCAUCUGUGUCUUCAUAUCUGCAAAAAGACAAAAAAAAAGUAAGUUUUACGUCAAAAUUGAAAUACAAACAAUCGAAAUGAAAGGGUGGCCACGCGCGUUAGGGUAAACUAGAAAUUAAAGAGUGAUGUGGUUUGCUUAAUUUUAGUUCUAUUUCUUUACUUGUCAGAUCGAAGCUUUCCUAUCAUCCAUUGGCCAGAUUGAAGUGCCUCAGACGAUAGAGGAACAAAUUGCGAAUGCAGGUUAGGUCUUUUUUUGUCUUUCUUUCUGUUGUAACAGAAUUACCAAAAAGAUCACGUAGCAGCAUAGGCUCUCGAUUACAGCCGCUGCUCAGGAAAUACGCCUUCGCUCCUUUCCUCCUUCCCUCGGGGAGGAACAAGACCAGACCCGAGGGAGCGGCGGUCAUCGAGACCUGUAAGAGUACUGAUUCCCUCAAAAAAGCAUGACUGAACAUGGGUCACACGGUAUUCAAUUCUUCCAUUUGCCUUUUGUGUUGCAGGUAAAGCGGAAACUGUGCCGGAUUGGCUUAAGGCACUAGACUUGGGUCAGUAUGAAUCCUCCUUGAUGGCUAACGGAUUUGAUAACAUACGUUUCUUGGUAAGACGUUUAGGUUACAAGUUCAUGUUAUGUGGAUCACCUAACGUACUAAAAUUGAAACUGGUAGAAUCUCAAACAACGCAUCACCCGGUUUUGCUGCAUGAAGUUCAAACGAGUACUGCUUGUUCACUUUGGAUAGAAUGAUUUUGUUUUGCCAUAACUUCGCAGCUCUAUUGAAAGAAGAGGAAGCAGAAUGUUUGUGCGUGCCAAACGUGGCAGGGCUAUUACCCGAGUUUUUUUUCGUUAUCUUCACUUAACAGUAAUGUUUUCUGGUCUUUUACAAAAAGAUAUGUUGAAAGAAAGGUUAAGUUUGGUGGAAAGUUUUUUUGGAGCAUAAUUAUUGUCACGCUUGUCACACAGUGUUUGCCGUCUUAUUUCCUCUCCCGUCCUAUUGCGUAAGUUCAGUAUUCCUUUUAAUUGAAGGGAGAUAGUUUCAAUGCCAAGUAGCCAUUUUGUAGUUACUUGCGACACUGAGUUUGUGUUGUGUCGAACUGCACUGUGGGACUGUUUCAAGCACGCUAUUUUCUUUUAUUUGCGAGAGAGACUGGGUCAAAAUUCUUCCCCAAGACAGUCCCACAGUGCAAUUCGACACAACACCGAACCAGUCUCGCGCACAGCCUCGAUAGGCCUCUUCCGAGUUCCUUUAACUCUCAUUUUCAAAACGAGGCUAAGAAAAUGCAGUGUCCGUAUGUGACCAUAACUAAGAUUCGACACUUUCUAGUUACGGGUGGUGUCCGCCUCCAUGAGAUAUCUGUUUGCUGAGGUUCCACUCUCUUCCACCUCCCCCAUACUGACUUUCAUACAAAAUUGGUUGGAGAAUUUUUGUCUCUAAGAGCGCAUCCCUGCAUGUCAAACAAGAACCCCGUUGAUACGAACAGCUCGUUUUCACGGCCAUAUUAUUUCGGUUCGAAAGUAAAACAUUUUCACGGCGAAAACCUCUUGAAAAUGAUCAGAAAUCGUGACCCUUAGAUGGUUACAUUAACAUGGCUGGGUUUCACUGUUAUCUAAUGUUUGCCUUAUUUUUACACAGAAUGGAAUUAUUGAAGAUGAAGAUCUAUUGCAAAUAGGAAUUGUCGACUUUUCUCACAGGAGGUAAGACAAACGUCAACUUUUAUUUUGAGGGUGCAAAUUGACGUAAACUGAUGUGAUCAUAAUUCAGCACGGAAAUUCUACUGAAUUACUCUGAUAUCAUGAAAUUUCAAAACUGUUUCUUUUUGGUGAUCAAAACUUACAUUGUCAUAACCUUCAAGCUUGAUAAAUUAGUGACAUUACUAGGAAAGAAAGCGUGGCGCAGUGGUGGGAGCACGCGCCUUCCAUCAAUGUGGCCCGGGUUCAUAUCCUUGCGUCGUCGCCAUAUGUGGGUUAAAUUUGUUGUUUGAUCUCUCCUUUGCUCCGAGAGGUUUUUCUCUGGGUACUUCAGUUUUCCCCUCUCCUCAAAAACCAACACUCUCAAAUUCCAAUUCGAUCUAGAACGCACGGACUCGUUUAGACGAGUUCUCAAGUGCUUCGUGUGAAAGCAAGGGACAGUUACAAUUAGGAGAAGUUAGGGCUGAUCCCUACUGUAGCCAUCAGUGAAAAGGCCAAUUCUUCGCUAAACGUACACCAAUAUGUUUUCCUUUGCAGGACAAUAAUGGAGGCAAUAAAAUCUUUACCAGUCUGUCCUCGACUUAGUGACCCAGACAUCACUAAACCCGAUACUCUUAAGGGCUGGUUAGAGUGGAUCUGCCUUCCGGAGUACUUUGAUAUAUUUCAACAUAACGGCUUUACAUCCAUGGACAGAAUACACAUACUUUGGGAAGUGGAACUUACUUCGGUAAGUAGCUUUUGCAAUGUGAUAAGGACAUGUCAUAUGUGGGUUGAGUUUGUUGUUGGUUACUCCGCUUUUCCCCUGUCCUCGAAAACCAAGGUUUCCCACUUCCAAUUCGAACAGGAAUGUUAGACCAAGAACGACUGUGUGGAUGUGCUGCCUCUAAAUCAUCAUCAUCAUCAUCAUCAUCGCCAUCGCCAUUGCCAUCAUCAUCAUCAUCAUCAUUACUAUUAUUAGUAGUAGUAGUAUCAUUUAUUACUAUCAUUAUUAUAAAGUUAAGUAACGAGGAUGAGCACAAGAUUCUGAGAAACUGGCAACCCACCCCUCCCUUAGCCCAGCAUUAACAUAGGGCAAAAUUUUGGGUUAGGGGAGGGAUGGGAAGGGGAAGCAAUUUCUCCGAAUCUUAUACUGAUCUUCAACUUUCAUUGACUCAAACAAGCAAAUUGUUAGAAUGAGCCUUGCGUUUACCGAGGAACUUCUUGUUGCUACGCUAGGUUUUGGAAAUAAACUUGCUUGGUCAUCGGAAAAGAAUUCUUUUCUCUUUAAAAGAAGAACUGAAAGAAACUUCUGAACAACCAGAGGUAAGUAAUGGAAAACAAAGGGGUCAUCCUAGGUGUGAAAAUUGGUGAAGUUUUACUUAAUUUUGUCGCUAUUGUUUUCCCAAGCUUUGUUAUUUUGACUCCUUUGUUUUUGUGUAACGUCAUUCGUGGUUUUUAAACCAGGGACCGUAAACCGCUUCUUAUAGCCCCCCCCCCCGACACACACACAGGUAUAAGCCUCCCUCCCACGUAUAGGCUCCACCCCACGUAUAAGCCCCUCUCCACCCCCACGUAUAAGCUCCCCGCCCACUUAUAAGCCCGCGCCCCAGUUAUAGGCCCAAAAUACAUCCGAUUAUAAACUUCCCCGUAUAUAAGCCCCUUUAAGCUUUUCUUUUCUUGUAUUCCAUUUUUUGUGACGUUUUGAAGCUUAAUUGAAAACCAGUAAAUGUAGAACGUAUUUUGAUUAGCAAUGCUAUGUCUUGUUUCGAAGCGCUUUUUUAUUAUUCCACUUUUGAGCCCCCUUGGAUACAAGCCUCUCCGUCAAUAAACCCUCCUAAAACCACUUACGAAGAUGUAUAGAGCGUUUUCACUCUCGCGGCCAACAUCUAAGCAAAUUUAUUCGAUCAAAAGAAAACGUUUGCAUAAGAAAAGAGCUCAACUCCCACAGGAUUUGUUUGGAACACCAACAUGGCCACCGUUUCAUUGUUUUGGGACACCAAUAUGGCCGCCGUGACGUCAUCUGAAAACGCUCUAUAAGCCCAGCUUAUAAGCGGCAAGCAAAGACCUUAUUUUCUUUACACCAUCCUUCUUUCUUCUUCCUCCCUCCUCUGCCACCUACACCCGUCGCUUAACCUUCUCUCGGAGGAUGAGGCUUCUUAUCAAAGGGUGUCCCGUGAAACGUGCACUGAUUUAUUCGCCUUAGGACGAACCAUUGUAUGUAAGCAGCACUCAACUGGCAAGGCAGGUAGCGGAGCUUAAGAUGUAUUGCCCGGACGAUGAAAAACCCCAAGCUGUUCCAACACCGGUGGCGGGAAAUGCCGACAACGUGAUGGCUUCUGCUGAAGAAAUUAUGAUGAACUCCAAAGAGGUAUGACGUUUUCUUAGCCUCACUUUAAAACAAAAGGAGGGGUGAACGUCUUUCCACAGUGCAUUGCGUUCGCGUUUUCACAAGAUGGCGUAGUUUUCCGUCACGAACUGAGCAUUACAAUGAAACCUCGGUUUCAAAUCGAGACGUACGAUGAAAGUCGUUUUAAAUUGAGGCUAAUCGUGCAAGUCAUGUCUUAAGAAGUGAUUUUCGUCAAUUAACGUAAAGCCAUAUAAGGUUAGUUGACCUGAAACAAUUUAAAUCUCCACAGGAAGUCAAUCCAAAAACUAAAAGGAAGAAGACCAGCAAGUGGAGGCAUGAUCCGUCGAUACUGAUAAAGGGUAGCGUGAACUAUACGACUUUGGUGAGUGUACAGCCUUUUACCUCAUGAAAAAGCUGCGAUGCUACCUUACCAUUGCGUUUUAGGGCUAGUAGUAGUAGUAGUAGAAGUAGUAGUAGUAGCAGUAGCAGUAGCAGUAGCAGUAGCAGUAGCAGUAGCAGUAGCAGAACAGUAGCAGUAGCAGAAGCAGAAGCAGUAGCACUAGCACUAGUACUAGCGGCAGCAGUAACAGUAGCAGUGGCAGUAGUAAAAUGACGUCAUCGUGCAAAUGGACAAAACCAAUAAGUAAUUGGUUAAUACACAUCUCCAUACUCCAAAAAGACGUUGACAAAUUAUGAUUCAUACACAAAGUAAUUUUCUACAAAGGAAGGAACCGCAUUGACCAUCAAUACUGAUUAGGGUUAAGACCUGAGAAUAGUGUUUAGGGUUAAGCACUGACUCGAAAAACGGUUAGCUUCUAUUUAGGGUUAAGGUUAAUGCUGAGUACUUCCAACUCAAACCACUUCUUCCCAGCAAAUCCUUGGCAGUCUAGUGGUUUGGGUGGCGGACUGCAGAUCCGAUGCUCCUGGAUGGAAUCCUGCUCGUGCCAUCCUGAAUUUUUUUUCCCUAGAUUAUUGAAGAGACUUAGACUUUCAUGAACAUUUUAUCAACUAGAAAUUUCAAGAGGCAUGGAAAUUUCAUGUAGGAAAAGGGAAAUGUCUUGAGAGAGCCACUGAGAGGGAAGUGUCAGUUUGGAGUAUGGAGUUGAGUGCUAACUUAAUUAAUUGGUCAUAAUUACUGUACCUCUUUUCAUGUAUACCGUUCAUUCUUUUAAAUUAUAGUAUCUUGGGUCCCAUGCGGUUAAGACUAUCACCGGGCUGGAAUCUACCAUUGAUGCCUGCCGAAAAAUGAGGGUAAAGUAAAGUGAAUGCUUUUGUCCUUCUUUGCUUGAACGUUAUAAUUCCCUGACGUUUUCUUCUGCCCUUUUUUACAGCUAUCUACGGCCAAGCUACAAAAGAUUCCUUCAGUCAUUUUGUCUGUGUCUGUGAAAGGAGUCAAGUUCAUUGAUGCCAGGUCUAAGGUACUUUGAUUGUUCUUAUUCUUGGUUAGAGUGAUUUGUACAUUUGCUGAGCGUUUUAUCGCUCGCUGAGUGAUCAUGAGCUAUGGACGAUGAGUAAUAAUAAUAAUAAUAAUAAUAAUCAUAAUAUUUAUAGAGGGAGCCCAACUCGCCAAGGCGGUUUUCAGUGGGGCCCUCAUGCAUUAAUCUAACUAAUUAAUUAAUAAUUACGAAAAAAGUAAAAUAUGUUUACAAGUAAAACAAAUUUAAAAAUUUAAAAUCUUAAAAUCGAUUAUACAAAAAAAACAUCAAGGUUUAAAAUUAGCUGAGAUCUUUUAAAAAAGUUUUUAACUUGGAUUUAAAAAUAGAUAAAAUAUUACACUCUUUUAAAUCAUUUGGAAGGCUGUUCCAGUCUUUCGCGGCGUGAAAAAUAAAAGUUUGUUUACCCCAGUUUGUUCUGGGUAGGGGUAAGCGAAUAUCAUUAGAGCGUCUUGUAUUAUAUGAAUGAACAGCUUGACUUUUAGUAAAAUUAAAGCUGAAAUCGGUUUCUCCAAUAAGACACUUGUGGAUUGCAAUGCAGCGAUGAAAAAACCUUCUUGUGGACAGUGACUUAGUGUAUAGACCAUGGAGAUGACAUGGUGGUGGCGCUGUUUGUUUUUCUCUCUGUUUCACGCCCAAUUUUACGAGAAACGUCAACGGAAAUGGACCGUAAGUUAAGAGCUUUCAAUUUUAUUUUUUAAAAAAAUCGACAAAAAUUUUCAAUGGUCUGUUCUUUAAUUGACUAUAGGACCGACCUUGUCCCGGUUCCUCGAGAGAUGGUUAAGUUUAAACCAGGAUUAAGCCAAAUUUUAAGCAAGGUUUUCUUGUCUAAUCCUGGAUUAGCGCUAGUUGGCCUUUCAGGAACCGGACCCUUAAGCUUAAAAUUAACGUCAGAUGAAGAUCGAUUAUCCGGCCGAUUAUCCACCAGUGUUACGCGAAUUAUCCUGCGGAUAAUCCGUCCUCUAAUGUGGAUCUUAAACGGCCAAUGAUGGUGGUGAUUACAGUUACAAUAAGGAAGAUGAAUGCUGACGACAACCACGAUAUUAAUCAUGAUGACCAUUGUUGUUGAUAUGAUUUAAUCUCGUAUCCAGAUCUCACUCUGUUUUACGCUGAAAAGGGGCCCUUGGCCGAGGGAGGUCUGGGUACGAGAUUAGAUAUGAUAAUAAAAAUGAUCACGAUGAUGAUGAUAAUGAUUACGAUGAUGAUGACGACGACGAUGAUUAUGAUGACGUUAAUGACGACAACGAUCAUGUUGAAAAGGAAGAAAAAAGAACUGAACAAAGUAAAAAUAAAUGGUUUUGUUGUCAUUUGUAAUCUGAUACUGCAAAGUAAAGGACACUAUUACCGGUCUGUUCUAGAUUAUGGUCAGCUACCACGAUAUGAACAACAUAUCUUACAUCACGCAAGAUCCAGAGGACAGAAGAGUGCUGGCAUACAUAGCGAAAGAUGCCAAAACGGAGAAGCACUACUGUCACGUAUUCAGAGUGGAUUCCUUUGUGAGUCACGCAUUGUUAAUACCCACUAACGACGCAAGCAUGAAAGCGAGUCUUAAGGGCCACCAGAUUUCCCGCAAACUUCAAAAAUGUUAAUAGGGCGGAAAAAACAAGAAAGAUUUGUGAUUUAGAGAUUAACAAUUAACCCCAAAGGAUAUUGCUGGAACAGUUAUAGUAAACGAACGUGCGUUGGAAAAUGGACAGUGGAGAAAUUAACCUUCGGCAAGGAUUCUUCGGAAAUACAUGAAACGUCAAGUCUCUCCUAUUAUCGGAACGCUUAUUACGAAGCGCAGCAGCGGAGCAUUUGUGAGAAUUAUUUCUUGUCGUAGUUGUAGGGUGCGCUUUUGCCACAUUAUACAAUUUAAUUGCGAUGUGGCCCUUAGGCCUUGCUUUCUUGGUUAUGUCGCUAUGUGUAUUUAAGAGUAUUGCACUUGUGAUCAUUGUAUUUAAUUGCGUAGCAAGAGCACAAGGGUUUCUCACAUCUGAUUAGAUUAUAUAAUAUUUUAAUAAAUAUUACUUACUUUAUUGAUGCGUGGAAUAGGUAAUUUCUGAGUUCCGAAAAGCCCCACUCUCAAAACGAGGCUAAGUGUAAAACUUUCUUGUGAUUAUGAUUUUUAUUUGCAUGAUAUAUAAAAAAUUGUCAUAUCAAUGGCUUCUCACUAUGUCUCGCCUUCAAACAGAGACUUGGGGCAGCCCGGAAAUGGCCAGUAGUUUUCUUUGGCGGCCAUUUUAAAUUUUUCGGUCAGCUGGUGUCGGGCAGGAACCCAGAAAUAUUAGGGGUCUGGUAAUGGGUCUGGGACAGUCGGGAAAAUCUCGGAAGAUCCGAUUGCUUGCGGAGUAUUAUAAAGUCUUAUAAUAAGAGAUACAAGCAGCUCCGAAGAUUUCUCAGUUCCAGACCUUCCAGAGUAUUCUUAGAGUUGUAAGAGUUCUCCAUCUCAUGCGAAAGUUUCACGUCGUGGUCGUACGGGGAGGGUAAAAAUGUACCAAAGAGAGUGAUGCACUAGCCUUUUAGGAAGCUCUCUGGGGUUUCCCGGAGAUAUGGUAGUGGGGGAGGGAAGAGGGGCCCCGCCACCAGGGCGCCCCGGUGAUUUUGCUUACUGGCUAGUGAUGCGGAGUUGUUGGUUUUCUUAUUGUUUGAAUCGCAACGAUGACUAACACUUUCCUUUUACUUUGUGCAGUGCUUCUAACGUACUGACUAUUGUGCAUCUUUUUAAUCGACGCCUUGCUUUUAAUCUUGUUUAGGCUUUGUCAGAUGAAGUCACCAUGUCUAUAGGACAAGCUUUUGAGGUAAUUACCAUGCACAACUAUAUAGCUCACUGGGCCAACACUGUUGUAAUCACAUCCCUACAAGCUGUCAGUGAGAUGUUCUACAUCCAUGGCAGCAGAAAAGAGCACUCACUCUCUUUAGGGCGACUUUCCUAAGGGCAAAGGGAGAGGUUUUGAGAGUGCGUGCGCGCACGAGGGAGCGUUUUUCCCUCGCGCGAUCUAUAGAAACCAGUAAAAUCAACCAGCGCUUGCCACAAAGGCAUAAUUAUUCUAUGCGAGACUCCCCGCGCCCAGACGUUGGCAGACCUUAUUAACUUUUUAUACCCUUGAGUUCAAAGGCAAAAAAUGCAAUGAAAGUCCUAGAUUCCAUUGAAUAACAUGUUGAAAAAGAAAUAGCACCCUGCGAAGGCGCUACAGAAGAGGUCAUUGAAAUGGUCAUAUCAUAGGAUUUCAUCACAUUUGUGAACUUUAAAAUUGUCGUUAAGUCUUUCCCUUACGCAUCAGGAGGCUCAAAUUUUCCUUGAUGGAAGAGGUUGAGACUAAAGAAUUUUUUAAUCUUUCGUGAUAUUUGCAAUCGGGAAAAAACAAACUGAACAUGGCUUUACCUGAAAUUUUACCAGUAGCCAAGUACUCUACGCCCUUGUCAGCCGGUUUUUUUUUUUUUACUUGUUAUGUUUAAUCAGAAGCAUAUAACCUGAUCAUUGGGUUGCCUGUGUCCGACUUCCUUUUGUUAGCUGCUUUAACAAAUACCUUUGGAAAUUGUAGUGCAAAGGUGCGAGUUACAAUUUUCUGUUGUUUUUAUUGCAGCUGGCCUUCAGUCAAUUCCGACAGGCUCUAAAUCGCCGCUCCGAUCAGUAAACCAAACAUAUUAUCUUAAGAUCAGCAGUUGUUUAAUAUUUACGUUCCGGGAGGAAGAAGAAGUAACGGUUUCUUAAAACCUCUCAAAGGAAGUUAUUAAGUUAUUGAAGAGUGAUCAAAGACUCACUGCAAUAGCUAUUAUAAUUAAGGUCAAAUCUCCUUCAGUUUGUCUCGAUGGAGAUCUCGACCACAAUUAACAAACGGCAAUGUAGUGAGGGUAGAUAAGUGUUAGCUACCAACUAUACGGUAUAAAAAGGCUGGUUAAUCGGCUUACCUUAAGCCUUAGGCUUUUGUGAGUGCCGAAUAUUGGCGUCGUGGCUUGAUAUUACAAAGACUUGUAAAAGCCAGGAUCAAAGUAAUCGCAGUAAUAAUGAAGAAUAGAUAACCAAGCAAACCAAUCAAAAUUCAAAGUGCAAGGGCGGGAAAAUUGUAUUUAGUGCUAAGCGCGGGAAAAAUCAACCCAGCGAACCAAUCAAAAUUGAAAGUAAACAAGCAACUGCGCCCAGUGCAAGGGAAAGAAAAAUUGUAAGAACAACCUAGCGAACCAAUCAGAAAGAAGUCAUCAAAGAAACAAGUAGCAUCGCCCAGCGCAAAGGCGGGAAAAAUUGUGUCGGGCGCGAGGAAAAGUUUGUCACGGGUUUGGGUUUUUCUCUAAGGAGUGAAUGAUGAUUAGAAACCUUGUUUCUGUCCAUGUAAAUGCUUAUCAAACCAUUGCGAAUCGCCAAGAAAAAAAACGUUUAAGUUUGAAUGAAGCGUCUUCUUUUGUAUCAAACCAUGAUUUUAAAAAUAAUUAAUUUGUAAAGACGAUUUGUCUAGUGUGCCUUCAAAAAUAAUAUUUUCGCCCACAAAGCAGAGUAUUUUUUUAUCAGUAUAUUCUUUUAGAAUACAAAUUAUCGAAUCAAAUUUGGAAAUAUAUUUUUUAGAGAAUUUAGCGGGCCAAGUUCUAUGACUUUAACCAGCAACAGUAUUUCUAUCGUUGGAAAUUUUUUCAACUUGUGAUCAAACAGAUAUUUUGAUGGGAGCAAUAUCGAGGUAGAACAAG